AUGAACCCAGAGCGCAUGUCAGCACUGAGCCAUGCGUCUGCAAGGGUAGCAGACAACAGCAGAAAAUCGCUAUAUAUUUCAGACACUGGUGACAGGUGGCGCCAAGUUUUGGGCGAUCCGCGGACCAACCAGAACCCUGGCCUGUUGGCGUUUGGCAUCCUAUUUUUUCGCUACCACAACGUGCACGCCCUGCGCAUUAAGGCUGAGCACCCGGACUGGACCGACGAAGAUAUUUUCCUGCAUGCCAGGAGGCACGUUAUUGCAGCACUGCAGAACGUCAUCAUGUACGAGUACGUGCCGGUGCUGUUGGGCGAGAAUGUCACCGAUUACACUGGAUACAAACCGGAUGUGCAUCCAGGCAUUAGCCACGAGUUUCAGGCAGCCGCCUUCCGGUUCCCCCAUACAUCUAUUCCUCCUGGCAUCUACCGCAGGGAUGGCUCUUGCCGUUUUCUUGACACAAAGAAUGGAUUCAAAGCCUUGCGGUUGUGCUCCACCUGGUGGCUUUCCGAGGAAGUGCUCCCUGCUUCUGGCAUUGACGAGCUCAUCCUGGGAAUGGCGUCUCAAAUCGCCGAGAAAGAAGACCACAUCCUCUGUUCGGACGUAAGGGGUGAGUGAUUCUAUUGAUGCGCGGGUAUUAUUGAAACCCAAACAUGCUCCAAAAGGAAAACGACGUUAUGAGUUUAACAGUACAGAUGGAACAGAGGAGGAACAGGAAUAUGCCCCAUGCUCUUUCUCCCAAUUAUUAGAAAGUCGUGGAAUAAAUGCUAAAUGUACAGACUACAAGCAUUAUAACAAAGGCAAUUGGCCUCACUCUGUAGUCGUAGGUGUCCGCAAAAGAAAACAGGUCAGAUAAAUGCGAAGAACGCAGAGACACCGCAGCGUAAGGUAAUUAUCACGACAACGUAACACCC